UUUGCACCCACUAAUCACUAUAUUUCAUUUUUAUCCAAAUAAAACAUAUAGCAGCCAAGAGGAAACCCUACCCAUCUUCUCGUUUCUACCACAAUCGUCACCCGCAAUAACCCUCUCCUCAUCCCCCCUCCCCCCCCUUCUUUAUCCUUCACCGGCCCGACUUUCUCUCCGAAUUCUUCAUGUUGUUUGUUUCUUUUUCGUUUUAGUGUUUGACUGGAGAUCAAAUUUCAGCUUUGUGAGAAACUUUCUAGACGUUGACCGUUUGGGUUGUCUUCGAAUUUGAAGAUCAGGCUAUCAGCAGGCUGUUGUCUCCUUGUGUUGUCCAUGCUAUGCUUUAGAUGUCCAGGCAUGAGCGCGCAAGGCUUGUAAGAGUCCCAGAUUACGGGAGAGAAUAGGCUGUUGUUUCCUUAUAAGGGUCUGGCCAUCCUCAUCUCAUGACGUAGCUUUUAAGAUUUUACAGCGAGAGUUCUAGCAGGAAUUUGAGAAAGUAGGAAAUGGAGCUGAAUACCAUUAAAGAUGCUUUUGAUCGUGUCACAAAGAAGCAAAAGGUUGCAUCAUCAAAAUUUCAAGAAGUGAUGGAGCAGAUCGGUCAUGAAAUAGAACAAGCACUGUUGAGAAUACAAUCAACAAAUGAUGCUGCAUCUCUGGGUGAGCACAAAAUGAUUCUUAGUGAACUAAAAGCUAAGUUGAAAGAAGUUGCUCCACUCAGUCAGUUGGAAGGAACACAAAAAGAGCUAAAUGUUGCACUAAGCAAGUACCCUAAGCUCCUUGAGAAGUCUUUCAACCCUGACAUAUCAAAGGCCUACAGGAAUGUUGGUUCUGAUAUCCAUACCGUAAACCAGAUAAUCGCCAGCCAUUUCUACCGGGAAGGCCACUUUGAUCUUGGUGAUUGUUUCAUAACCGAGGCCAGAGAACCUGAAGCUGCAGGCCAAAAAUCUCCUUUUCUGGAAAUGCAUCAUAUACUUGAAGCCAUGAGGUCUCGAAACCUGGAACCAGCUCUGGGUUGGGCCACCACCAACAGUGAGAAACUUAAGCUAAGUGGGUCUGAUAUUGAAAUGAAGCUACAUAGGCAGCAGUUUGUGGAAAUUCUACAGAAAAGAGGUAGAGAUGGAGCUUUAAAUUAUGCGAGAACCUUCUUCCCCCCUUUUGCCACCAAAUAUAUGGCAGAGAUCCAGAGGCUCAUGGCCUGUCUAUUGUGGGCUGGAAAACUAGAUUCGUCACCUUAUGCAGAUUUGCUAUCACCUUUCCACUGGGAUAAAUUGGCUGAAGAGCUUGCUCGGCAGUUCUGCAAUCUCAUGGGUCAAUCCUAUGACAGUCCAUUGAGUGUGACCAUUGCAGCUGGUGUCCAGGGGUUGCCAACCCUUCUGAAACUAAUGAAUGUGAUGACUGGGAAAAAGCAGGAAUGGCAAUCCAUGAAACAGUUGCCCGUGCCUGUAGACUUGGACAGAGAGUUUCAGUUCCACUCCAUCUUUGUCUGUCCAGUGAGUCGGGAUCAGGCAACUGAGGAGAAUCCGCCUAUGCUGCUUUCUUGCGGGCAUGUGCUAUGCAAGCAAUCUAUUACAAAACUGUCGAAGAACAACAACACGAGGCCUUUCAAGUGUCCUUACUGCCCCACGGAGGUUGAGGUCGGUCAGUGUAGACAAUUGUACUUCUAAUAUGAAUUGAUUCAGUAUUUGUAUCUAAAUCUUUUUGCUACCCUGCUUUAUCCCUAUGCUGUGUGAACUCAAUUCAUUUUCGUUCAUUCCAUGGUUGAUGGUACCUCUGACGAUAGUGUUAAUGGUGCUUAAAGCUGUUCUUUUCUAUGUACUCUGAUAAAUUGAUGUAAAUAGGAAUUCUUUACCAUUUCAUGCAAAUAACUUGAAAUGCUUGUACAAUCA